GACUGAUUUUGCAGAGGCAGUGCGGGCGGUGGGCGGUGAGCUUCUCAGGUAGGCGUAGUUGCUUUGCGAGCCGCCUUAGGGACCAGCCCCUGCCCCGCCUUCUGUCACCAUCUCUACUCAGAUGGCGGGACGUGCUGGCCUCAGAGACCUUUCAUCUUCUCUGCAGGAGAAUCUCAGGCAGCUGGAGGAAACACGGGGCGAGGAAAGCGAAUGAAGCAAAGCGCGAGCGGAAACUGGAUCGCUUCAGGCAGUAGAGCACGGCAGUGAAGAAAACAAGUCUCCUGGCACGCGUCUCCAGGCACAGCUCAUGAUGUCUUCUAGCUUCAGUGUCUUUAGAGCUGGUGUUGCAUUGGUUUUGAUGUGCAGUUUUUACAAGUCGACUGAAGACUCUCUCCCAGAACUGACUCCUCAGCAAUAUUUCAGCACACUGCAGCCAGGAAAAGCCUCAUUAGCUUAUUUUUGCCAAGUUGGUUCUCUAAGUAACUCUGUGUUUCUUGAAGAACUAAAAGAAGCUGUGAAGCCUCUCCAUGACUAUGGGAUUUCAGUUGCAAAGGUGACUUGUGUCGAAGGAGCAGCGUCCAGAUACUGUGGGGAAGAAGAGGGUCUGAGGAAAGCGUAUUUAUUCAGAGGCAACAUACUUCUCAGAGAAUUCCCCACGGACAUCUUGUUUGACGUGAACGCCAUCAUUGCUCAUGUUCUCUUUGCUCUGCUUUUUAAUGAAGUAAAAUAUAUUACCACCCUGGAAGACCUUCACACCAUAGAAAACUCUCUGAAAGGAAAAUCAAAUAUGAUAUUCUCAUAUGUAGAAGCCAUCGGAACACCAGAGCAUAGAGCAGUCAUGGAAGCUGCUUUUGUGUAUGGGACCUCUUACCAGUUUGCCUUAACCACAGAAAUUGCUCUUUUAGAAAAUAUCGGCUCUGAGAGUAUAGAACAUGCACAUCUGUACUUUUUUCAUUGUAAACUGGUCUUGGACUUGACCGAGCAUUGCAGAAGAACACUAAUGGAACAGCCAUUGACCACACUGAAUAUUCAUGUAUUUGUGAAGACAAUGAACGCACCUCUAUUGAUGGAAGUGGCUGAAGAUCCCCAGCAGGUCUCAACCGUUCAUCUACAACUAGGAUUGCCACUGGUUUUUAUUAUCAGCCAGCGAGCUACCCAGGAGGCUGACAGAAGAACUGCGGAGUGGGUGGCAUGGCACCUUCUGGGGAAAGCAGGGGUUCUGCUCUUGUUGAGGGACUCCAUGGAUGUUAACAUUCCUCAGCACGCUAAUGUGGCCUUCAGAAGAGCAGAGAAGGAUGUGCCUGUGGAGUUUCUGGUGUUGAAUGAUGUUGAGUUAAUCAUUUCCCACGUGAAAAAUAAUAUGCACUUUGAAGAAAUACAAGAAGAUGAAGGUGAAGACAUGGAGGGCCCAGAUCUGGGGCAUGCAGUGUCCAUGGCAUUUCUACAAUCCUAUAUUGAUGUGGCAGUUAAGUUGAAAGGCAGGUCCACCAUCCUUCUCACCAGAAUAAAUUGUGCAGAUUGGUCUAAUGUAUGUGCGAAGCAAAAUGUUACUGCAUUUCCCGUGGUAAAGUUGUAUAAGGAAGGCGAGAGCCCAGUGUCUUAUGCUGGUAUGUUGGCAACUAAAGACCUCCUGAAAUUUAUCCAGUUGAAUAAGAUCUCCUGUCCAGUGAACAUAACAUCUAUCCAGGAAGCAGAAAAAUACCUGCGUGGGGAAUUAUAUAAAGACCUGUUCAUCUCUACUAGUGUGUCAGUCCUGGGGCUCUUCAGCCCAGCCAUGACAUCAGCAAAAGAACUUUUCAGGGAAGCAGGAAAGCAGCUGAGAGGCUCUGUCAUUACAGGGAUUUAUUCUGAAGAUGAUGUUUGGAUACUGUCAAAUAAAUAUGCUACAACUCUCCCAGCCCUGCUACUGGCCAGGCCUAAAGAAGGUAGAAUAGAGAGUGUCCCACUAGACACCACCCUGGUACAAGACAUGGCUCAGAUACUAGCAAAUGCACUACUGGAAGCAUUUCCAGAAAUCACUGUGGAAAAUCUUCCCACAUAUUUAAGAUUUCAGAGACCACUACUUCUCUUGUUUAGUGAUGGCAGCAUAAACCCUCAGUACAGGAACACGAUCCUGGCACUGGUGAGACAGAAGCAGCUGGAUUCGUUUACCCCUUGCUGGUUAAAUCUGAAGAACACUCCAGUGGGGAGGGGCAUCUUGAAGGCAUAUUUUGGCCGUCUGCCACCACUUCCUCAGCUGCUGUUGGUGAAUCUGCAUUCGGGUGGCCAAGUGUAUGCAUUUCCUUCAUCCCAGUCUGUGACGGAACAAAGCCUUGUGUUGUGGCUGAAACAUUUACAAGCGGGACUAGAAAAUCCCAUCACCGUCUUGUCCGCCCAGGAAUGGAAACCUCCUCUUCCUGCCUUUGACUUUCUGAGUAUGAUGGAUGCUCCUGCAUCUCAAGGUCCCACGAAGAAAGUUCUGGAGCGUCAGAAAGCCGCCGAGGUGCAGGAGAGUGCUGAGCAGCAGCCUAGAGACAGAUCAGCAACCAGGAGAGAGCCGGCCGAAAUGCUGAGAAUAAAGCGCUGGAACACUGCGAACUGGCCCAGAGACACACAGGAGCCUUUUCACCACGACAAGGAGUUAUGAGCGGGCCUCAUGGGAUGGCCUCUCUGUGGCUCAGGAAACCCGAGAGAGAUCAAGUCUGCAAAGGAACAGGACUAAAUUAUGCCAUCUCUAGACAAGCGCCCUUGAAUGGGAUUGUGAUACAAAUGACAUGUAAAAUUUCUUAGUAGUUACUCUUAAAAACCAUAAACUGAGCAGAUAAACCCCAGACAGCUUAAUUACUACAAAAAUGUUGAGAUUUACUUUUUAAUGUGAAGUCUUCAAAACACAGUCCAUUUCACACUUAAUGCCAUUCCUCACUAAGGAGAUCCGUUUUUGAGGGCUUAUUUGCCACAGGUGGUACAUGACAGUUGUAUAGGGCAGCUCACUAUCAGACAAACACCAGUGUGCUUGACCUGGGUCUAGCCAUCCUGUGCAUUUGAAUCAAAUUGGGAUGUAACUCCACUGAAUCACCGUUGACUCUCUGGUUGAAUCAUAACUGGCAUUUGUAUUUAUUUUCUUGUAGCCAUAUUAAAACCAGUACUUUCCAGGAUAUUUGGCAAGAUGAAGAGACAGUUUUAAUAUUUUGAUUUAGUGAUACUACUGGCAUCUACAGGACAGAGGUUGAGGUGCCCCUACACCCAACCACUCUACACCGAAUAGAUGGAUCUUCCAUCAAAGAAUUGUCUUUCUUUUAAUGUCAUUAGUUACCAAGGUUGCAUAAUUAGCAACCUUGUAGUAGCCUGUAGCACAGUGGGAUCUCUAUAUCUUCUGCCCAGUUACUGUGUUUGUAAAUCUUUGGACAUUAAAAAUGAGUGGCUUUCAUAUCCUGACUAUUAAAAGUCAUUUUAAAAAAAGAUUUAUUCUUUUGCAUUGUACAUGUUUGAGUGUUUGACCUGUGUGCAUGUAAAUGUACUGCAUGCAUUCCUGGAGCUCACAGAGAACAGAAGAAGGCAUUGGAUGCCUGCGGACUGGAGUUGUGGAUAGUGUAAGCUGCCACGUGGAUGCUAGGAACCAAACUGGGAUCCUCUGCAAGAGCCAGUGCUCUUAUCUGAUGAGCCAUCUCUCCAGCCAC